GGAAUGCGUUGAAUGCUCCGACACAUUCUUUUCGUGCCUAACUUAAGCGUAAACCUGAUUAUUCCCCGUACACUAUACGUUCUCAUUGUUGAAUUACAUCCAGGACCACCGAUGAGCCUCUGGGCCUGGGGUAAGUUGCCUAUGUCGCAGGAGUCAACUAGCGGCAGUCCUGGUUCACCAAGUGAAUCACAGCACUCGCAGAUCGCAAGACCAAAUCGCACGUGGCUGCAAGCCGCAAUGAUCGUCAUCGGCGUCAGUUGUACCGUCGUCAGCUUCAUAGUGAUCGGCCUCAUCUUUCACACGACAAGACAUGAACGCAACUUCUCGUCACAGAAGCUCAUGACAUGCGCCACACCUGCCUGCCACAAUUUCGCAGCUCUGCUUUCAAGCAGCAUGGAUGAGCACAAUGAACCUUGCGACGACUUCUACCUGCAUGUGUGCGGCGGAUGGAGGAGGCGCUUCUCGGCGUCUGUUUACGAGGUUCAUAUUAGGAAGUUUACCAACGAAUUGACCGAAAGCUUGAGGAAAGUUAUCAUCCCGGUAUCCGGACAGACUGCUUUCGAGAAAGCUGCUGCCCUGUUCCAGAGCUGUGAGUCCGUAGCGCGCGGAGAACUGGAUGAAGUGGACAACUUUAAGCUGAUACUGAAAGAAGCUGGGCUGUUUUGGCCCAGGCCGUCGCAAGCUCCUGACGUUCUGACGUCGAUGGUGCUGAUCUCGAAUGUUCUUCAGUUACCGACACUAAUGUUAUUUUUUAAGAAAGUCAUGAACGGCACACACUUCGCUCGUAUAUCUCCGUGCAGUGCAAUUGAAAGGAGCCGGCGCAGGCGGUCGUCCAUAGAACGAAGUCACAGUGGUCUCAUACCGAGAGGGUCAACUCCCUACGAGCGCUAUUACGGCACAUUUUUUGACGCGUUUACGAGCCGUAACGAAAAUACCACAGGUUAUAUGUCGUACGAAACCUUCCGCGACGUGGAAUACCAAGUGUUCAAAUACCUCGGUCCACACGACCAAUCCAGGGCGCCACGUAUUCUCGACCCUGAAACGUUCCAUCACCUCACACCUGCUAUUUCAUCAGAUAGGUGGAAAACUGCACUAGAAAAGCACCUCGGAAUGCCUUCCGACACGCCCUACUUUAUCAGUCUAGGUAGCCACGAGUACGUUUUCCAGUUCAACAGACUACUUGCAGAAGUAGGGGAAACAAAUUUACACCUUUAUGUUGGCUGGACAGCAACGCAGGGCGUUGCAUACGUCCUCAAUAAAGAUCUAUCGCUUGCAGUAUGCGGUGGGGAAAACGCAUCACAGGAAAUCACACCUGCCUUCUGCCUUCGCCUGACUGAAAAUGUCAUGGGCAUCCUAACGUACAAGAGCUACCUUUCGAAGCAUUUCACGAAACCCGUGAGGGAUGGCGUUAACAAAUUGAUCGAAAACGUUCGAGAGUCAUUUGAACGAAUGAGCGCGUCGACGUCAUGGUUACGUACCCAAAAUGAUUCCACCUUCGACCUGAACAGGGAAGCAAACUGGCUGGUAGACCGUUGGGAUCGCAGUGAAGAGUCUGACACCAUAAUUGAAGACGUCUACUCAGGGCUAGCAGACAUGAACACGUCGGUGGCGAACAAUUGGGUGCGUGGAAUCAAACUUAAGAGAGAACUGAAUGAGAGCACGGCGUGGGAGGUGGCAUCCCAGUAUAUGCAGCAUAUCAUAGGGCUAGACGGUUACUCCACAAGAGACGACCUCCAAGACAUGUCUUAUAUCAGCCCAUAUUCCCUGACCCUUCCUGUUUACGAACGAGACCUAAUCGACGCAGUGAAGUACGGUGCGCUCGGAUCACUGGUAGCGAUGAGCUUAUUUGACCAACUCUAUCGCAAAUUUCUACAGUUUAACAAGAACGCAAAGGAGAAACUUUCCUGCUUCAACAAUAAUACGGAAGACACGCUGCCGUCAGAAUUAGUCUCAAGAGCUGUAUCUGUGGACGUCUUGUGGGAAGCAUUCUACGCAGCCCGACCGAAUUCUACACGCGGUAGGCUAAGAGGUCUGACACAUUACAACGAUGAGCAAAUAUUUUUCAUUGCUCUUUGUUACUUACAGUGCACUGGAAGAAUUCCUGCUGAGGCAGCAAGAGCGCUGUGCAACGAACCUCUCAAGCACACCGCGAAGUUUGGAGAUACGUUUAAAUGCCCGAAAGGGUCACUAAUGAACCCAAUAAGGAAAUGUUCAUACUUUUAUUAACUUCGAAGGGCUGCCUUCGAAACAAUACAGCAGUACAGAACAGUUUCAACACAGUUACAAAUGCGCACAGGACUUCGUCUGAUAAAUACGGUAUCCAUUUUAUUGUGUACUUCCAGACUUUCGCAAGUGCGUUGUGUAAACUACUGCUGUAAUGAAACAAGUUGAUGCUGCAUA